GCCUUUUCUCUUUGAUAUGUAUAAGCACGGCACCAAGCUCUAAGAUUUUGCCAGAUACUUACUUCAACGAGGUGUCAUGCCUCCUCGGCCUCCACUUUUCGAGUUUGGUAAACGCAAUUUUGUUUGUAAUUCUUGUCUUUCUGCUCUUCGAAAGCGGCCCACUGCCACACCAUGGCCAAAUCGACAAUUGUCGUCGCAAAGCACCAAUUCGCAUGCGCUCCCUCGAACGAAACGCCGAUCCCCGGAGCAAGAAGCUGAGCGUUUGAAAACGUUAAAAUCCCUUGGCCUCAUAAAAGAUGAUUCCAGCAAAGUGGCCGUGAAUUAUUUCGAGCAAGGCGAAAGUGGUAGGAUACGCCGCUUACGGGACGAAGAUGAAUUCAGCAAGGAGUUGAUCGACCCUGGUGGUGAACUGGAUGCUCGCCUCAAACAACUCGAGGACCAGCUCCAGGGUGUUACAAGCCUAGCUAAAGCCAUAGAGGAGAUGGGCGGCAAGGAAGAAGCCGACAAGCUCCGAAGACAGUUUGCUCAUGGUGCGGACGGCAACGGUGACGAUAUGGUCGAGGAAACCGACAGCCCCUCGCUUUCAUCGUUGGCAAUCCCCAUCGGCGGCUUACAAGGCCAUCGGCAAGAUCGCAUCCACCGGCUGAACAACUGGAUAAGGCGUUGUGUUAGGCUUAAGGGAAAGAACGCUGUCACAUCCAGGGAUAUUCUGGGUCUCUGGAAAACAUAUUCGGCUGCCCGGACGAUCAUGUCUGGACGAUGGCAAGACGUGCCAGCCAUGACAUGGGAGGUACUCUGGGAGACUCUUUCGGCCGAGUACACCUUCAAAACAAAUCGCAUGUCACACGUUUAUGCUCUUGCCAAAGAUAUGCAGCAAGCCGGCACGCCUUUGCGCCCUGACCAACAGAUCCUAGCACUUGAGGCUAUGUUUGUUGACGGCUGGGAGACCGAAGCAAUUAAGAACCACCGACGGCAUGCUUCAACUCUUGGUAAGGAUCCAGAGACAUUUAUGUCCUUCUGGCAACUGGGAUUGCAAAUGUAUUGUCGCAUUGGGGAUCUCGAGCGAGCCGAACGUAUAGCUAGCACGAUUUUCGAAUCGCCCUACAAAAAAGACCCUCGAUUCAUACUACCGCUCAUUAAGCUAUAUGUCGAGACCCCUGCAACUGUUGGAAACGGCUUCAAACGCUACCGCGAUCUACGCGCUAGUCUUGGCGAUUCAAUGACCAUCGAAGACUACGACACGAUUACUUCCUACUUCUUAGCCUCUGGAAACACAGAGUAUGCCCUCUAUGUCUUCGUGGAUAUGAUGAAGUCGGGAUCUGUUGACCUGCUAGGAGUCCAAGAGUACCCCCCUAGCAUCGCAAACCCUUUCUUCUUUGGCAAGUGGCUGAAGCGACUAAUUGGGGCGGGUGAUCUCGAAGGUGCAUUCAAUGUCCUACGGUUUAUGAGGUCCCAAGGGAUUACACCACGGGCGAUCCAAGUUAAUGGGCUCAUCGGUGCAUGGCUUCGAUCUGGUGCUGCUGAUGACGCCCAGAAGGCUGAGGAUGUGGCGUGGGAUAUGAUCAACACACGCUUACAAUAUGUGGAAAUGAGAAGAAGAAAAGAGUUGUCUGGUAUGAAUCUUUACGUAUCGGGCGAUGCAUGGCCUCGAGCGAAUCUAGAAACGUUCAGCUUACUUGCUGAAAAUUACAAAGAACGUGGCCUUACGGCGAAGAUCGGUCCCUUGUGGCAAUCUUUUCACCAAGCUGAAAUUGCGCCUAAUUCAUUUAUGCUGAAUCAGUUGCUUUUAUCUCUUCUUCAAGAUGGAAAAGGUGAAGCUUUACUUCCUAUGUACCAGGAAGUAGUCGAACGAGUCAACUUGAAACCAGAUUCACACACCUUCAUGGCUCUUUGGCAAGCUUUGCCUGUGAAUCGUUUCACAAGGAUUCCGUCAGGAGAUUUGGAUGCCGAAAUCUCAAGCACUCGUGCUUUAUUUGCAGAAAUGAUGAAACGUAGGUCGAGCCUCAAGUCAAAUGACGAUUUAGAGAUGUACACUUUCCUAGCGAGGAAUAUAUUGCAUUCAUUCCGGAAACUUCGAGACAAAGCUGGUCUUCUCCUAGCUUACCGAGCACUUCGACGAAUAUUUAAUUAUAACCCAACCGACAUGGUUGUGUUUGAAAUGUUGCUUGGGACUCUAGAUUUACAAAGACUCACUAAGCGCAGAGAAGGAUCGAAGCUUAUAGCGGCGAAAAUGAGCCUUGACAAUUACCUGGCACAUCGACACCGAGAACUUGUGAAAUCAGGAGAUGCCAAGGAUGGCGAGGACAUGCCAGCAAGGAUAAGGACUGAAGAAACGGGCAAUUUCUUAGAGUUGCAGCUAGAGGCAGCCUUCACUGAUAUGGAAGAGAGCGAUGCACAACAACUGGUUAUACAGGCUGCCGAAGAGAUGGGCCUUCCCACUCGGGCACCUGAAGAGGCUGAGAGUCACCACGACCCUUGAAGCGUGACUAAGUGUAUAGAAAUCACUAUAUAUGUAUUAUAAGCGAUAACAAUACCUUUCUCAGUCACACUUGAGAAGCAAUAGCACAGAUUAGUCCAAA